GGGUUACAUUAGUUAUUAUUAUAAGAAUAGGGAAAACCCUAAACCCAACCUUCUCUCCCCCGAUCCUCCCACUCCCGCCCCACUUUGCUCUCUUCUCCGUUAUCUCCGGCGGCCCUCUCUUCGCUGACUCGGUUCCUUCUCUCCGGCGCUCGGCUUCUCUUCACACAGAUCCCCCUACUUGUUGGCAAUGGAGCAUGGUUCUCUGACUGAUUUGAGCUCAUCAACAUUUUCUUUAAUGGAUGAGGAUCACACAUUGGCAAAUUCUGUCAGAUUCACACUGAAUCAAGAUCCAAGGGUGGCAUUUUGUGGGUAUAGCAUCCCUCAUCCUUCAGAUAACAAGGUUAACAUAAGAGUCCAAACUACAGGUGAUUCAGCCAAAGAUGUACUUAAAGAUGCACUCCAGAAUUUGAUGGUGAUGUUCCAGCACGUAAGAACUACAUUUGACAAGGCAGUAGCUGAUUGUAAAGAGAAUCGACCUUCUGAACACAUGAAUAUCGAUACCCCUUGAAAUGAAAGAAAGGAUGAAAGAUAAACUGCCAGCAUAAAGGACAACUAGAUAUUUCAUUUGCUAGUAGUGGUAUUGUUUAAAAUCUGGGAAGACUCAGCUAUAGCUUCUGUGGUUGUAUGUUUCAUGGAGUAUAGGACACCUCACUCUUUGAUGUUACCAUGCAGCGGCAAUCAUGAUCUUGGCUACACCAUAUAUGAAUUCUUUUUAUCUCUCUCACAAAAAAAGGUGAAUAUUGUAUAUUAUCAAAAUUGACCCUUUUUGUUACUUAAUAUCUGCUUUCUGGCAGGCAAUCGUAUAUGUGCAUAUUAUUAGUAGAA